AUGACCUCCACGUUUCCGUUACGAAGCAACCACGGCCGACGGAUUCUCGCUACAGUAGCAGAGACUCGUGCAGUUGGUCCACCCAGCAGGCCCUGGGUGUCUAUUCCCGAAGACGACAAUGACUUAGGACAAGGGUACCGUGACAUCAGCUUCAAAGAGUUAAAUAGUGCCGCCAAUUACGCCGUCUGUCUGUUGGCAGCUACUACGCACUGUGGGCGUUUCGUGUAUGUCGGCCCUAAUGAUCUUCGCUAUCCCAUUUUCGCCCUCGCAGCUGCAAAGCGACGGACCAUGAUGAUACUUCUCUCACUUGAUGCCACGCAGGAGGAGCGGCUUGAUAUUUUGCAAAGAUUUCGCUGUUCUGCCUUUUUUUGCGCAGCCUGUCGCCUACCGAAAGUCCGUGAGAUGCUGGGGAGCAAUCCGGGUCUUCCACUGGUGGUGGUUCCGGAGUUGAACACUUUUCUGAACGCUGAAGAUAUCACUCCUUUUUUUUACCCAGUUCAAUGGAGCGAAGGGCAUGGAGAGCCCUGGAUUAUGUUUCAUACCCCAGGGGAUCCUCGACCUGUCACCAUACAUACCCAGCGCACAAUGGCUGCGUGUGAUCUCAUAGCAGCCCUACCUAAUAUGGAUAACUGCAUUUUCACCCAGUAUGUCCGUCGUAGGUGGUUUACGUCGGCUGGUUUCCAAACCAUGCUGGGGAUGAUGAUGGCGCUCAGUAUGCCUACAUUCCUCGAAACUACCCUUGUCAUCGGUCCUGCUGGGCUUCCGCCGGAGGAGAAAGUCCUAGAUAUCUUGCAAGAUGGUUGCGUUGAAGGUGCUCUCCUCAGCACAGAUUGCAUUAAGAAAGUGUGGUCAAAGCCACUCAAGGAUCUGAAGCUGCCACGGUUGAAAGUCGUACAGUAUUACGAUGAUUCUUUAACGGAAGAACUGCGCAGGAAUUUGGAUCCUAUCCAUGUGGUACCCUGCAUUAGUGACAAGGCAACAGGCAUCCUUCUCACAAACGUCAAGAAGGAACUCAUCACCUGUGGCUAUGUUGCCUUUGAAAAACACGCAGGAGUUGAAUUCCACGAGUACAGCAGCAACCUGCAUGAGUUUUCCAUUGUGCGCCAGCCAGACUAUGAAGUCGAGCCAGCUUUCUGGAUCAGCGUCAUGGAUAGCUAUUGGCCCAAAGAACUGUGGGUGCAGCAUCCUAUAUCUGAAAACUAUUGGAGGCGAUUUGCAAAAUGCCGCGAUAUGCCGCAGAUGCGCAACUCAGCCCUUAUGACCAUUAUCGAGGCACACAUGAAAGUGAGGUCCGCAAUUGUCUUUAGAUGUGCGAAUUCGAUACUUUUAGUCGAGUUGUUUCCUGAAGCGCUGGAGAAGGGUCGACAUGAAAAGUUUGUCGAGAGUCUGCAACCCUAUAUUGAAAAGUUCAACUCCUACCGGCCUCCUAUGGGCUUGCUUUCUACCGAUCGUCUCAUCAUUGCUAGGAAGAGGCAUUUUGCUCGGAUCGCGGAUGGCAGUGUUGAUGUCAUGGAGACUUAUGCCCGGUUUAAUGAUGAAAUUAAGGCUAUACUUCACCAACAGAUCAAGGGCGUAACUGUCGAUCCCGUGAGUCUCCAGCUUUUAAAAUUAGCUAUUGAUUUGGAUCCACUGUAG